AUGAAUUUUAAAGUUUUUUAUCUUUUAUCUAUAUUAGCUUUUUUGGCUUUCUCUCAACUUGCUUUAGUUUCAUGUAGAAAAGCCAAAAGCAACCAUGGCUUAGAUGGAUUCACUCUUGAUCUUAUCCACCGCGAUUCUCCUCUUUCUCCUUACUAUAACCCUUCCAUCACCCCUUCACAACGCCUCCGAGAUGCAUUCCAAAGAUCUUUCUCUCGAGUAUCUUUCUACACGAAAGCUUCCAUCCAUCCCACCACACUCGUCAAUCAUGCUAUUCAAUCAGACAUCAUUCCUGAUUCCGGAGAUUAUUUAAUGAAAAUUUCCAUCGGUAUGCCCCCAAUGAAAACCUAUGCAAGUCUUGACACUGGGAGUGAAUUGACAUGGGUACAAUGCAAGCCUUGUACUCAUUGUUAUAAACAAAUAUUACCCCUUUUCGAUCCUCGAAAAAGCUCAACGUAUAAAAUAAUUGGUUGUCAUAGUAAGGAAUGUGAGCUAGUAAGAGGUAAAACUUGUGACAAAAAGAAUGUUUGUGAAUAUGAAUUGCAUUAUGGUGAUGGUUCUUAUAGUUUUGGUGAUGUUGCUUUUGAGACAUUCACAUUUGAUUUAACUUCUAAUAAGGUUGAUAAUAUUUCAAUUCCACAUGUUAUUUUUGGUUGUGGACAUAGUAAUGAUGGCACUUUUAGCAAUCGUACUACUGGGAUUGUGGGAUUAGCAGAUUCAAAAAUCUCUUUUAUUAAUCAACUUGAUAAACAAAUUAAAGGGAAAUUCUCUUAUUGUUUAGUCCCAAAUAAUGAUAUAUCACCAUCUUAUCAUCCUCCCAAUACUACAAGUAAAAUUAAUUUUGGUUCUAAGGCUGUAUCGGGUCCUAACGUUCUUACAACUCCCAUAAUUCGAAGGAACAACGAUAUAUUCUACUAUCUACAUCUUGAAAGUGUUAGCGUUGGAGGUAACAAGUUAGAGUUUAAGUCUCCACAAGUCACGAAUUCUUCUGUUAAUGCUAAAGGAGACUUGGGAAAUAUUAUAAUCGAUUCUGGCACAACGUUGACAAUGAUCCCUGGUGAAUUUUAUGACAAAUUGGAAUCAACUUUGGUGGAAAUGAUUAAAGGUAAGAGAAUAGGUGGCCCGCUUCCCCUAUGUUACGAGGCGAAAAGCAUUGUCAAUAAAAUUCCUAAGAUUGUGUUCCAUUUCAAGGAUAAUGCUGAUAUCGAGUUGCUACCUAUGAAUACAUUUGCAAAAGUUAAUGAUUUGAGUUGUUUUUCAAUUGUUAAGGGAUAUUCCGAUUUUGCUAUUUAUGGAAAUUUGCAACAGAUGAAUUUCCUUAUCGGAUAUGAUCUUGUAAAUCACAAGCUGUCUUUCUUACCUACUAAUUGUACCAAAUACUGAUAAAUUUGGAUUACAAUUUCAUAUUUUUAAUUAAUUAACCACUUUGUAUGUAAUGAAAUUUGUCCUUUGUUUAAUGGGAGUAUGAAUGUGUUAGUUAUUUUAAA